CAGCAGUUCAGGAAGAUGGUGGAAAGUCGGAAGUCCUUUAACUUCCGCUCCCAGCAGAAGAUCUCCAACCAGCACAAGGAAAUCAAGGCCCUGCAGGGAGAGCAGGAAGAGAUCACUCUGCUUUCGGGUCUCAUCAAGUCCUCGAAGAACUUGGAUCUGAAUGAGAAGAACUACAUGGAGCUGUGUUUCCUGCUGCAGACCAAGGACGACUAUGAGGCCCUGAUUAAGUCAAUGAAAGUGCUGUUGGCAGAACUGGAUGAGAAGAUUGUUCAGAUGGAAAAAAAAAUUAUAAACCAAAAACAGAUCUUCACAAAGAUACAGGAAGCCAAUGACCCCCGGAAACUGCAGAAGCAGAUCCACGUUCUGGAAGCCCGUUUGAAUCUCGUCACCGUGCACUUCGACAAGAUGCUGACCACCAAUGCUAAGCUCCGGAAGGAGAUUGAGGACCUGCGGUACGAGAAGGCUGCUUACGACAAUGUGUACCAACAGCUCCAGCGCCGCUUGUUGAUGCAGAAGAAAACCAUGAAUGUGGCCAUCGAGCAGUCUGCCCACGCCUAUGAGCAGAGGUGGGAUGAGAUCAUCUUCUUGCGAUCCCAGCAGAACUCAUCCCAUGAUGACAACCACUCCGUCCUGAGAGAGAUGGAGGAGAAACUGAAGAAGACCACAGAGGAGGCAGAUAGGUAUGAGAACAGCUACAAGGAAAUCAGCAAGACCUUGGAGUAUCUCAAGAACUCGGUGGAGAAUCUGUUUAAAAAGAUUAAUUGUGAUGCCACCACAAUCCUGGGGCACUUAGGGGAGACGGGGAAAAUCACGGACAACAACCUUCCACAGUACUUUGCCAUCAUUGAGAAGAAGACCAACGACCUGCUGCUGCUAGAGUCCUACAAGCGGAUCCUGGAGAUGGAAGGGGCAGAGACUGAGGUCCAGCCGCCAUUUGUCAACCCUUUCUGGGGCGGCUCUGCCCUCCUCAAGCCUGCAGAACCCAUCAAGGUCGUCCCCCCAGUGUUCGGGGCUGACCCCUUCGGCGACAAGUUGGAUGAAGUGGAGCAGGCCCUGGACCACAGCAGCCUUCGGCAGCUGGUGCUCAGCAACUAUACCGCGAGAGAGUUUCGAAGCAGGGACUUACACUCAGACAGCAUACCGGAGAGGGGGGAUGAUCUGAGGCUCAAGAAGAAGUUAGCGAUCUGAGGCAGAUGGUGCUGCGUUUGUACCUUAACCAGAGAGAAUAAAGGUUUUGUUCCGUAA